CACGACUGCAAUUGGAUAUGGCGAACACCUUGGGAGAGAGAGAUUCUGGAGCGGGAGCUGCGUCCACGGCUCUGUUAUCUGACUAAAGGAGACCGCGGGUACGGAUUUCAUCUGCACGGUGAACGCAACCGAGGAUCGCAAUACAUCCGCAAGAUCGAGCCGGGAUCCCCCGCGGACCUGUCCGGUCUCAAGUCCGGCGACCGAGUGGUGGAGGUGAACGGAGAGAACGUGGAGGGAGAGACGCAUCAGCAGGUUGUUCAGAGGAUCCUGGAGGUGGAGCACCGCACCAGGCUGCUGGUGGUGGACCGGGUCACCGAUGAGUUCCUGAAGUUUCACAAUCUGCCAUGUACGGAGGAUAGGGCGAUUGAGAUGGGCUCUCUGUCCUCUCGCUCCUCAGCGGCGUCCUCCCCCCGCGCCUCCCCACGAGACUCCGCCACUCCUCCCUACAGCAGACAGAGUUCAGAGGGCAUUUUCAUUAAUAAGAGUCCCAGCAGCGCUGGAGGAGUGAUGAACGGCUCUCCGCUCUACAGGGCUCAUGCCCGUCUGGCGUCACCCGUGUUUCUGCCUCUGCCGUCACCCGGUGAACACAAGACUGAACCGGAAGCCGAACCCUUCACCAAACUCCCUGUCGAAUCCAGCGUCACCCCCAAGCCUGAACAUGAGACUGAAACCGUGUGUGACCUCAGCACUGACCUCAGUGGAUCACAGACCAGCACACAGGAGGAGACGCUGUCAGAGGCGGACGUGGUAACGAAGGACCUGCGUCCGCGCUUGUGUCACAUGACCAUAAGUGAGCAGGGCUACGGCUUCAACCUGCACUGCAAAAAGUCGCGUGCGGGUCAGUACAUCCGCUCGGUGGACCCCGACUCUCCAGCUGAGUACGCGGGACUGAAGCCCAGAGACCGGCUCAUCGAGGUGAACGACACAAGUAUCGAGGGUCUGCGUCACGCGGAGGUGGUGGCAUUGAUCAAAGCGGGCGGCAGUGAAACCCGACUGCUGGUGGUUGAUCCCGAGACUGAUGAGCUCUUCAACCGACUGGGCAUCGUGCCCACAUCUAUUCAUCUAAAAGAGGACUGUGUGGACGGGCCGAUCAUAGAAAGUCUUGAAACGACACACAGCCCUGUUUCUGCUUCACCGGUCCCAGACGCCCGCAAGAUCUCUCCACCAAUCAUCAACAUCACACUGACUGACCCACCAAUCACCAAUGGCCCCCCGAGAUACGAGAGUCACAGAAGCUCGUCCUCUCGAUCCACAUUAUCAGAGACGAGCAUUGAAAUCAGCAGCUUUGACACCAGCAACAAGCUCACAGAUUCUGACCAUCACUCCAGCGACGACGGCCGUAAACCAAACCGAGAUGUGAAAUCUGAGGUGCGGCCGCUAGAUCCGUUCUCGGAGAGCGGUCUGAAUCUGAGUCUGACCGCAGCGGAGGCCAAGCAGAAAGCCCAGGCCAAACGGCCCAACAAGAGAGCGCCCCCUAUGGACUGGAGCAAGAAACAGGAAAUCUUCAGCAACUUCUGAGCAGCACACACAUCGGAAAACUCACCUCAGUUCUAGAUGCCACCAACACAUAAACCAAAGACAUACAGCUUAGACCAGAUUAGAUCAACCUCCCAAAAUGAGUGCGAUUCAAUCUUUUAAGAAGGGACGAGAGAGAAGGUUUGAGUUUGGAUUUAUGCAGAUCUGAAAGUAUGUUUUGGACAAAAAUGCAACUGGUUUGCUCUUGAUGGACUUCAUGUUAUGGGUUCAACUAAGCUUAGUUUGGCAUUUUGUUACUAACAAGUGUUUCACAUUCAGCCCGUUAGUUGUUUCACCCAAUAAUGCACAAGUUCGCUUCUUGAAGUCACUUUCCUGUUACCGCAAUUUUCAGAGAUAACUAAUGCAACAGCAGUUUCUACAAACCAGAAAAUAAGAAAGAAAUGAAUAGAAAGUAAGAAAACGUCAAAACAGCAGAAACAGUAAGAAGGACAUAGUGAAGGAAAGGUGAAGAGAAAGUGCAACACUGAGAAGCCAAAAGUUGUAGGUUCAAACCCCUGAAGAAAGAAGUCGUGAUCUUGCACCAUUAAAGAAAAUGUACAGAAAGUUGUGUCGGUUGAGAAUGAAUGAUGAUCAGAAGAAAUGACAGUGGAAGAGAAAGUUCAGUCAGAGAUCUUUACACAGUAAACGCAUGUGACCAGAUGAGGAUCUGAUUUGAGUUAAUCUAUAUGCAAAUAUACUCUUAAAUCGUCACAGCAUUCACUAUUAGCAGACCUAGCUACACUUAAACUGUACAGUCUUUCUCUUCCAGGAAAACAGAUCAAAAAUAUUGAUGACAUCAUCCUGCACUACAGAUUUUCAUCCAAUUAGACACUCUCUAGAAUUAGCAUAUUAACUAAUGGCUGUUUAUUUUAAAGGGACGAUCUUCUCAAUAUGUCAGACGCUAAAAGAAUAUUUAUGUAUUUAUUUUCUUGCCAUUGUCUCAUAAAUGCUGGUUUAAUAUUUCUAAACAUUACUGAUGGUUUAUUACACUACCAGUCAAAAGUUUUUGAACAGUAGGAAUUUCUUUUUUUUUUUUUUUAAGUCUCUUCUGCUCACCAAGCCUGCAUUUAUUUGAUUUUAAAGUACAGCAAAAACAGUAAAAUUUUGGAAUAUUUUUACUAUUUCAAAUAACGGUUUUCUGUUUGAAUAUAUUUUAAAAUGUAAUUUAUUCCUGUGAUCAAAGCUAAGUUUUCAGCAUCAUUACUCCAGUCUUCAGUGUCACAUGAUCCUUCAGAAAUCAUUCUAAUAUGCUGAUUUACUGUUCAAGAAACCUUUAUUAUUAUUAUUAUUAUCAAUAUUUGAAACAGUUGAGUACAUUUUUUUUUCAGGAUUAUUUGAUGAAUAGAAAGAUCCAAAGAUCUGCAUUUAUCUGAAAUAAAAAGCUUUUGUAACAUUAUACCAUUCAAAAGCUUUUAUAUUAUAGAAAUUAAUACUUUUAUUUAGCAAGGAUGCUUUCAAUUGAUCAAAAGUGAUGAUAAAGACAUUUAUAAUGGAACAAAAGAUUUCUAUUUCAGAUAAAUGCUGUUCUUCAGAACUUUCUUUUCAUCAAAGAAACCUGAAAAAAUUCUAUUUAGCUGUUUUCAACAUAAUAAUAAUAAAUGUUUUGGAGCAGCAAAUCAGAAUAUUAAAAUGACUUCUGGAGGAUCAUGUGACUGGAGUGACUUCUUUAAAAAACAUUAAAAAUCUCACUGUUCAAAAACUUUUUUCUGGUAGUUUUCUGGAGUAUUUACAGACAUUAUAGUUCAACAGACUGUCACUAUCGUAUUAUUCUAGAUCAAUAUUAACCAGUCUGUUUGAGCAGAACCUCAACUGUUUUUGACCUCAGUUUUUAUGUGGAUUUCAAAAUCAAAAGUGAAAACUGUUUUUAACAGUACUAACACAUGUACAGAGACCUAGAUAUAUGCAUUAAAAUUAAUAACGUAAUAUAAUUAUGUAUUCUGAAAACGUAAAGUAAUACAACAAUGUAUCUAAUUACAGCAACCCCUAAUAUAUUUACAUUUGAGGCAUGUAUUAUGAUUGUCAAUUUUAUUUCGUUAAUGUAUAUACAUUGUUCUUGUCGCCCUCAUCUAAUGUAUGUCCGUUUUCUCAUGAACCGGGCUCGCCCUCACACCCGUAUAAACCGAAAUAAAGAGUAUUUUAGACAGAA